UUAAAGCACAAUUAGCUGUAAGACAGAUCUUAUAAGUGCGAUAAGAAUAUGAAUGGUUUGAGUAAGUGUGACGAGAAUCAGGAACGUCGUUAUUACGAAGUAAAAGAAGUGAACUUUAUUCGUGAAAAUAUUCAACGCAUACUAUACGGUAUCUUUAACCGUCCAUAUUAUAUGUACACUCAAAGACGGGAUUCAUUGAACAGGAUUGUACGUAAGAUAUUAAUUCAAAUUUCAAAGAGAAUAGCGUAGCUGCAUGGUAUUAAACUAAAGCCUGCAUUUAUUGUAGUUGAGAUGUUAACUUGUGAAUCAAAUCAACCAAUAUAACCUAUUUUGAAGAUUGUGGUACUUUUAUUAGAACUAUUAGAAGGAGGAAGAAAACAAACAGACUUUAUACAGUAGAACUUUUUUAUGACCAAAAAUGUAAGAAGUCUUCUAAACCCUAGAAAAACAAGUUACCCAUAUUCCGUAAGUGGCAUGUCAGUUUUAAUCCAACUUUAACAAAAAUUCUGAGCCUAUAAGUGAUAAAUGUUCUGCUUAAAUAUGCAAGCAUAUCAAUUUUAUUUGACGAAAAUAGCAUUGUAUUAAAUAUUAGCCCUGUUUAACACAUAUUUGAGGAGAUAAUUGUGCUGGUGUUAUCAAAAACUGCUGUUAUUUCAUUAAAUAGGUACCUACCAUUCAGUUUAGUUCAGUUUUACUGAAACAUAGAAGUUAGUGGUUGAAAUUUAAAUAAUUAUCAAAAUGGUUGAAAACGAUUUGUUUGAAGAUGUCGAUUCUCCUGAUCCUGUGGGUCUUUCUUGUGCCCUUGAGGCAUUCUCAGAGUCAGAAGAAGUUAUCACAAUGAUAGACGAGCUACCUCUCAUACAAAUUAUUGACUUAGAUCGUGCAGCAGAGAAAGCACGUGAACGAUUUCAGUUCAUUUUCAAUCAGUACCUCGAUCAACCCCACUUAUUAGAUCCUUUCUUAGAGAAAUUUCUUCUACACAUUGUGAAAUUGAUUCGCAAUACUGAAUAUACUUUGGAAAUUAAGCACAGAGCUUUUAAAUACCUCUUUAUCAUUACAAAUGUUCGUGGCUACAAAAGUAUUGUUCAGCAUUUGCCACACGAGGUUGAAGAUCUAGAACCUGUUUUGCAACUUAUUGAAGAGCAGGACCCUGCAGACACGGAGACAUGGCAGACUAGGUAUGGUCUCGUCCUUUGGCUUUCUAUCAUUGUUAUGCUUCCAUUCAACAUGAAUAGGUUCAACAGUAGCUCACAUAGUCCAUCAAUGUUAAAGAGAUUGCUAGAUACUUGCCAAACCUACCUGAUGUGUUCAGAUGCAUGUCGCAAGGUCGCUGCCUUUCUGACUGCCCGUUUCCUAACUCGCACAGAUGUCAAAGAAGUCUACCUCACGCCUUUUAUAGAUUGGUCACUUGAAAUCAUCAAUGGUGAGAUCUCUAGGAAUGACUCUUGGGACAAAUUUGGUCCAUUGGCUGGCUUAGCAGCUGUAUUGAAACAUGGUGAGCGAGGAGACUUGUUACCACAUGCUUCCCGGAUUCUCAAGUGCAUUAUCAGUACUAAAUGUUGUGAAGACUUCUCCCUGACUAGUAAAUAUUCAACGAAGAUUGUCACUAGAAUCGGUCUCAUAUUUUUGAAGCCAAAAGUUCCUAAGUGGCGGUACAGCCGAGGUCAAAGAAGUCUGGCUUUCAAUUUGAUUAAGGGAAAUUCGAGUUUUAGCCAAGGAAAGGAGAAUAACUCAACAGUAUGCCUGGAUGAAGAAGAUGAAGAUGACGAAGAAGCCAUUCCACAAGAGGUUGAAGAAGUAAUUGAAGAACUUGUACAAGCUCUGCAGAACAGAAACAGUACAACGAGGUUGUCAGCCUCUAAGGGUAUCGGCCGGGUCGUUUCCCGCCUUAGCAAGACGUCUGGAGAUGAAGUGGUGUGCUACAUUCUAGACCUGUUGAAUCCUCGAAGCUCAGACAACUCCUGGCAUGGUGGCUGUUUGGCUCUUGCUGAACUAGCCAAGAGGGGUUUGUUGCUGCCUUCUAGACUAUCUGAUGUAAUGCCCCUUGUCAUCAAGGCCCUAGUGUAUGAAGAACCACAUGGAUAUUCUUCUGUAGGAGAGAAUGUUCGUGAUGCGGCCUCCUAUGUGUGCUGGGCAUUUGCUCGUGCCUAUGAACCCAUAAUCAUUGAACCUUACUGUGCGAUAAUGGCGAAAACUUUGUUAGCUGUUGCUUGCUUUGACAGAGAGAUCCACUGCCGAAGAGCUGCAGCUGCAGCAUUCCAAGAAAAUGUGGGACGUUUGGGAAAUUUCCCUCAUGGCAUUGAAAUUCUCACCACUGCUGAUUAUUUUACCAUUGGUAGUCGCAGUAAUGCUUUUUUAGAAGUGAGUGUGCAAAUCGCCCAAUAUGAGGAGUACGCUGAGUCUCUAAUCAAUCACCUGCUACAACAUAAGAUAGACAACUGGGAUUCGAAUAUCCGCAUCCUUGCCUCCAAGGCUCUUAGUCGUCUGACUGCCCGAGCUCCACAGCAUAUGGCCUCCCACGGAUUGUCAGUUCUCUUUGAACAUACCAAGUCCAGCAACAUCAAUGCUGUACACGGUGCAGUCUUAGCCAUAGGAGAGGUGGUCUUCUCCUUGUCUUUAAUACCUGAAAUAAACCUAGAACCACAUCUUGACAGGUUGGAAAAACUUGUUGCCCAGUUCAGGGAGAAAAAUCAACUGAAAGGAAUUCUAGGUGAACUCCUUAUGACUGCUUGUUGUUCCUUCAUAGACCACUGCUCACAGGCCAGACUGCCAUUCCACGGCAAACCUGUAAUUGAUGAGUGGCAGCACCUUAUUAAUGAGUGUGUGUGUAACCCGAUUUUGGAUAUGAGUCGAGCUGCAGCCUUUGCUCUCAAGAAUUUGAGCACAGAAUACUACAAAGAUGAUUCUGAGGAGAUGAGAGCCAAGUGCAUUGGCAUCGUGGAACACUACACUCAAUUUUUAGAUGUGGAUGAGUCGUCCAGGACAGGCUGUGUUCUUGCAUUAGGGUACAUGCCAGGUUUUAUGUUGGAAAGCAGUGUUACGAUGGUAGUGCGAAAACUGAUAAAGUGCAUCAGUGUGACGCAAGAGACCAUUAAGUGGGCACCAGCCAGGAGCGGUGCUAUCAAAGCACUGGUAGCAGUAUGCCAUACCAUGGGACUCAGCAAUGUAGAUAAGAAUAAAAGCUGCUACGGUUUAGUGGUGGAGAUAAUAAAUGCCUUUCUGGAGGGAAUGAAAGACUAUUCAAUAACUAAUCGUGGUGACAUUGGGGCUUUAGUGCGUGAGGCUGCAAUGCAGGGUUUUCAGAGUCUGUUAAUUCAAACAACAGAUGAAGCAAUUGAACUAUUAACACCCGACCUAGUCUCUAAGAUAAUCAUGAGUGUGGUUCAGCAGGCAGUAGAACGCAUAGACCGUACUCGUGGCAUUGCAGGGAAAGUGUUCUCUACUUUGCUGCACAAGGAAGACACUCCAAUUCCCCAUUUUCCUGCAGAAACACAAGUCCGGAAGAUAUUCACCAAGGAAGUGUGUGCUACAUGUCACUGGACGAAUGCUAGUGAGACCUUUCCUUUGUUCAAUCUCCUAUUAACCAUACCUGAAUACACCAAGACUAUCAUGCUGGGCCUCAUCACCAGUAUCGGAGGGAUAACAGAAACUCUGGCAAAUGAAGCGAGUGAACCCAUGUUCAACCACAUCACCAUACAAAGCGAAGAGGAGAAGAAGCGUAUUGCUUAUAUAAUAGUUGAGAUUUUUGAGGAGUACCAAGAUGAAGAACGUAUUGCUGUACCUUUCCUAACUUUCCUAGAGCGAUAUAUCACAUCUGGCUGCCUUAAACCUGUGUUUCAGGACCCACACACGUACGCUGCUAAGAUUCUGAAAUGUACCAAGGCCUCUGUUGCCAAGACCACAAACAGCAGGAAACUUACUGGGAGCAUUGCCAUAUACUGCCAGCUCCUCAAGGCGGGUGGAGGUGGAGAAGUGACUCGACGCUCAUUCGUUCAGCUGGGAAUCUACCUCUGCCAUCGGUUUAUGUGGCUAAGGCGACAAACAUCUAAUGCACUUUAUGAAACUCUUAUGUCUGCCAAGAUUUUUGGUGAAGAGUGUGGGGUGAAGCCGGAGAUUCAAGAUGAAGUGUUGGCGAUUGUUGGUGAAACCAUGUGGGAUGAGCUUAGCAUUGAAGCAGCCAGGGAGAAACGAAAUGCUUUCUUCAAACUGCUUGAUAUUACUCCACCUCGUAGUAUUCUGGGACGCAACAAUGAUUAGAAAGUGCAGUAUCAAUGUAAGUCAAUGAAGAAAUUACCCACACUAAAGACUGGACUGCCUAUGUUACUUUUCGUGGAGUUUUAUUAUUUUAAUUUUAUUUAUUUAUGUUCACAUUCCUUAGAACAUGUAAAAAAUAAUGUAUAAAGUUGCCACUGUAGU